CGAUCAUCCAGUGCAGUCGUCCAGCCGUGGUCUCAUUCUCAUCCUUCCCUCCCGGCCGCCCCCUUUCCACCUCAUCCUCGCUUCCUCUCAAGCUCUCAACUCUUUCUUUAUUUCUCUCUCUCCCUCUCUCUCUCUCUCUCUCUCGUGUCAUUCAAAUACGAGUCAAAAACACUCCUCUAUUCCCUCUCUCUCCCUUCACCUCUUCGAUUCUCCUCUGCUUCUGCAGCUUGACCACCACCACCACCACCACCACCACACCACAUCUGGCUUAGCUCCCAACAUGGCGCGCUCGGCCCUCUUUUACCUCGUACUGGCCGUCGUCGCCCUUUCCUUCGCCCCUCAGGUCCUCGCUUUCGGUGCAGGCAACAUCCCUGCCUACUCUUACCUCGAGGACAAGGCCUUCCGUCAUGGCGACAUUGAGGAUGUCAUGGCCAACAUGUACAAGGUCGUCGGCACCGGCUUCCUCUCUCGCGGCACAAAGUUCACCGGCCUCGACUUGAAGCGCGUCUACUUUGGCAACUGGCUCCGCGACUACUCUCAGGCCGUCGACGUCGCCGCACUCUCCAAGGUGCCCUUCCAGACUGUUUUGAACGUUGUUAUGGUUCUUGGCUUCCUCGCCCACGGCUAUGUGACCGAGGAGUUUGAGGUCACCAAGGAGCGUCUCGGCUGCUACCUCCCUACCGAGCACAUUGACAACCCAAAGGGUUAUGCCGAAGGCGAGGAUGCCCGCAAGUACGACCCACGCCUUCGUGGUCCUAUCGACCCUCGCGAGCUCGAGAUUGAUCCACAGACUGGCAUGAAGAACUACAUCGCCAACGAAAAUGGCAACUGGGAUACUUCCAAGGCCCUUGUGCGCCGCACUCUCCUCAAGUGCAUUGAGGUUGGCCGUCGCGCUCAGCAGACCGGCAACAAGAACGACGAAUACGAGGCCUUCCGUCUUUUCGGUACUGCCCUCCACACCCUUGAAGACUUCACCGCGCACUCCAACUUCUGCGAGCUUGCCCUCAUUUCGAUGGGCAACCAUCAAGUGUUCCCUCACGUCGGCCAGAACUGCCGCGUUCGCACUCCCCAGGGUCGCGAGGUCUUCCCCCUUGUCACCGGCACCUUUGGUGGUGCCGACUUUAUCCACUCGCUCAUGGGCGAGGCUGGUGACCACCUCUCCUCGGCUGCCGUCUCUGACCUGAGCAAGUCGUUCUCGGACUCGCGCAGCAUCCAGGAUGGCCAGGGUGCGUCUGCUCAGGCCCUGCGUCAGAUGUUUGUCCAGAUGCCAGGCCAGGACACCGAUCACCUCAACAGAGAGAUGGACAACCUCCAAAACCUCCGCUCGACCACCGCCGACCCCAGCACCAUGAGCCCCCAGGAGCUCUACAAGGUUCUCUGGCAGGCUCUUGCCUUCCGUGACAAGGUCAUGAAGAGCAUCGAGAACACGAUCGACAGGAUUCCCGGUCUCAGCUCUCUCACUGAGAAGAUUGGCAACUCGGUGUCGGUCUUUGUCAUGACUACCAUCGAGCCUUACGUGAAGCCCCUUCUUGGUACCGCCACCGAGACCCUUGCCAACUCGUCGCACGCCAUCCUCAACGCCCACGCCAACGAGCAGUUUGAGGUGUGGAACAACCCCAAUGCCUCGGAUCCUACCCACUCGUUCCUCUCCAAGGACCACUUUGACGUUUUGCUCAACGAGCCAGCUGGCCAGAUCGCCCAGCUCAUUGUCAAGUUUUCGGCUGAGCGCAUCGCCCAGGCCUGGAGCGACUCGAACAUCGACCCCCGCCAGCCUGUCGAGGACAUCCUCCAGUGCCUCUUCCACCCCGACUUCUCCAACGGAGCUGAGAUUCAGCGCAUUAUGCUCGACCACAUGCACAAGUGGUGGCAGGGGCAGGGCAAGGACCAGCAGGCGAGCCUCCAGCGUCUCACCGCCCAGGCUGUCCGCGAAGGCCGUAACAAGCGCAUCGGCGACGACUCGGUCUCGACGGGCCACGUCCACAACCAGAUGCUCCCUGAGGGCGGCCUUCAGCAGGUCAUCGCCCAGCACAACAUCCAGAUUCCCGGCUUCAGCGGUGGCCAGGGCAACCAGGGUGGCAAGCGCGACAACAACCAGCGCUUCCAGAAUGCCCCUUCGCUUGACUCGCUGGGCGGCGGAGGUCGCUCAAGUGGCCAGAGCGGCUUUGGCGGCAGCGGGUACGGAGGCAACCAGAGCGGCUUUGGUGGUCAGCAGAGCGGCUUCGGCGGCCAGGGCUACCAGCAGCACGACAGCGGCUACGGCCGCCAGUCACCUCCUCAGCAUGGCGGCUACGGUCGUCAGUCGCCUCCUCAACACGGUGGCUACGGGCGUCAGUCUCCGCCUCAGCACCAGACCGGCUUCCAGCCGCACGGCAGCCCAGGCUUCCAGCCGCAGGGUGGGUACCAGUCGGGCGGUGGCUUCCAGCCCCAGGGCGGCUACGGUGGUCCCCAGCACGGCAGCGGCUUUGGUCGCCACUCGCCGCAGCCUCCCAGUGGCUUCCAGCCUCAGGGCCAGUAUGGGUCGUUCAACCCGCCUUCGGGCCCGCCCCCACCCGGCCAGGGCCGUCACGGCAGCGGCUUCGGUGGCGGUUACGGAGGCGGUGGUGACGGCUACCCCGGCAACCGGUGGUAGAGGACUUGAUCUGUAGAUACUGAGCGAUUUGGAGAACGUCAUAAACGAAAGUUGAGAUGCGACGAGGGUUGUUUGAUG